AUGAAGUUUGGAGUGUGCAGUUUUAGUGGGCAGGCCAUAUACAGAGGAAAAGGAAGGAUAUUGGUGCGAAACAACGGAUCAACGUUCCUUUUGGCAAAGAAGAAGUGCAGAAGCCACUUCAACAUGGGAAUGAACCCAAAGAAGAUCAGCUGGACCCUUGCCUCCAGAAUCGUGAGAAAGAAGGCCGUUGCCUUCAAGUCGUCCAACAUGACAGCGCCAAAGGUGACAAAGUCUGUCAGAGCCUUUGUUGGGCUGUCGCUUAGCGAGCUCAAGAGCAAGAUGGCAACCAAGCCUGCAGAGAAGACAACCUCUGUACGAUUCAACAAGAGAGACAAAAUAAGAAGCAUUGCCAAGAAAUAA